AACUCACUAGAUUUUCAUGGCCAACCCUACUAUGUAAAGAUCGUGAACGGAUAAUAUACACGAAUCACGUCGUACAGUUGGUUGCCUACUUUCAAACUAGACACAAAUUUGUGAGGUUAUGCGAACGAAACAAAAACCUUGACAAAUAAAUUUAUUUGACCAUUUCGACGAUCUUCCUCAGGUUUUAGGAUAACCAAAAUGUCAAUUUUGGAAUUCUCUGAACAGUUUCAUUGUACGAAAACCACGACAGAGAGUGUUCACCACUGCCAAAUUUGCCCCUACUUUACAACAUCAUUUUUUCUCUUAUCAAACCACAUCCGAAGACACCGUUCAUCGCUGCGACAUUUCAACUGCCAAAACAGCAAACUCGAACUUUACCACUGCACCGACUGUGAUUUCCAAACAGAAUUAACAGUUCUGUUUAAACAGCACAUUAAAAAACGUCACACCACUCAAAAACAACACACAGACUUCGAAAUUCAAAAGUAUGACUGCAAAAAGUGCUGUUUUCGGACACAUUUUCCGAUUAAGUGGCUGCAUCACGCGAUGAAAUGUCUAGUAACAAAUAACGACGACAAAAAUAUUCCCACGUGGUAUAACUGUGAUCAAUGUGAGUUUAAAACUAAACACAAAUAUAAUUUGAGUGUGCACAAGACCGUGAAACACUUAGAUGAAAAUAAAAUCCGUUGGUACCAUUGCACAAAGUGUUCAUACAGAGCCAAAUACAACUAUUAUUUAAAAAAACACAUAAAUGCGCAACAUUUGGAUGAGCGAGAUAUCCAGUGGCACGAAUGCACCCAGUGUCUAUACAAAGCUAAACAGAAAAAAUAUUUAAAAAGUCACAUAAGAGCGUACCAUUUGGACGAAAAGGACAUUAAAUGGUACAAGUGCGAAAAAUGUCCGCAGAAAUGUAAAUACAAAGGUAAUUUACAAGCCCAUAUAAGGGCGCACCAUCUCGACGAACGAGAUAUUAAAUGGUACGACUGCAAAAAUUGCUCUUUUAGAAGUAAACACAAGCAUUAUGUUAAAAUGCACGUGAGUACGUGCCAUUUGGCAGAAGAGGAUGUUAAAUGGUACGAUUGUGAAAAAUGCAGGUACCGAACUAAAUAUAAUUCUAAUUUAAAACAGCACAUAAAUGCGAAGCAUUUGGAUGAACAGGAUGUUAAAUGGUAUCAGUGUAAAGAGUGCCCUUAUAAAAGCAAGUAUAAUUCGACUUUAAAAAGCCACGUGAAUGCGUAUCAUUUGGACGAGGAGAAUAUUAAAUGGUUUGAAUGUGAAAAGUGUUCAUAUAAAGCCAAGCAAAAUUCGAAUUUAAGGCAGCAUAUAAAUGCACGUCAUUUGGGUGAAGAAGAUGUGAAAUGGUACGAAUGCAGAAGUUGUACGUUUAAGACUAAACAACAGUCGCAUUUGAACAGACAUAUAAAGAAGGCGCAUGUAGACAGUGAAGAUGUUAGGUAGUUGAAUAAUAAAUGUUAUUUUCAUUAUAAA